AGAGCAUUGAAAAAUUUAGUCAGAAGUAUGAUAAACCCGAACUCGAAUAUAGUAAUAUAGAUUUAUUGAACCAUUAAUAAUGCUUAGAGUGGCUACCAGAAGUUCGAUUAGAACUGUGAUUAAGUCUGGUAUAAGAGGACCAAGUUUAAUUAGUAAAUUUUCUAGUAGUUGUAUAAAUAAAUUAGCAAGAGAAGGAACACUUAAUUCAUUUAUACCAGAUAUUAAACCAUUAGGACAAGAUAAAACUAUUGAAAGUAAUGUUAAAUCCGAAACUAAUAGAUUAUCUAAGACUUUAAAUAAGUUUUGGGAAAAAGUUGAUGUUAAAUUUAAUGAAAAUUUACGUCAUUAUGAAGUUCAAUUAGAUGGUAAAACUUUGAAGACUCCAUUAGGAUUCCCAUUAUCAUUACCAGAAACUAAAAAGCAAUUAGCAAAUUUAGUUGCUCAUGAAUGGGCACAUUUACCAGAUUUAAAAGUUAAAACUCAUUCAUUACCUUUAACAUCUAUUACUGCAAGAGCAGUUGAUUUACGUAAUAUUAAUGAACAAAAGGAUAAAAAUGCUGAUAUGAUUGCAAAAGUUGGUAAUUUAGAAGAUAUAAAAAUUAAUUUAAUAAGAUAUCUUGAUACUGAUACUUGUCUUAUAUUUACAACUCAUGAUGAAUAUAAGGGGAAUUUAAGAAAAAGACAAGAUGAAUUAUAUAUUCCAUUAAUUAAAGAAUAUGAAGAUUUUUUUACAAAAUAUGCUAAAUCAGUUGGUAAUUUAUUACCUAAUGAAACUGAUAAAAUUGAAUUACAAUAUUUAGAUUGUGAAACUGAUGGUUUAAGAGGUAAUAAACAAUCUAUAACUACUCAAAAUGUCGUAUUACAUUGGCUUAAUCAAUUACCAAUUUAUGAUUUAAUAGCUCUUGAAAAGGCAAUUUUAACUUCAAAAUCUUUCUUAUGUGGUGUUACAUUAUUAAGAUCAAAUGUUAGUGAUGAAUAUAAUUUAAAGACUUUAUAUCAACUUAAUCGUAGUAAUGUUGAUGAUUAUUAUCAUAAAACCAUACAAGAGAUUGUUGAAAUGGGUAAUCUUGAAACCAUUUUUCAAACAGAAGAAUGGGGUGAAGUAGAAGAUACUCAUGAUGUGGAUAAAGUAGAUUGGUUAAGAAAUUUAGCUAGUGCUGCUCUUCUCUGUCAUUAGGUUAAACACUACACUCAGCUUAUUACUACAUACUUGUAUAUAUAUAUAGAAAGAGACAUAAAUGUUUACUGUACUAAAAGAAUGAGUUACUAUCACUAAG